UUUAUAGUGAGCCAUAUGGAGCCAUUAAGGUGCUUUUUGUCCAUUUUGAAGAUGGACAGAUGACAAACUAGUCUGUAUGGCUUAAAGGGUCUGCUUUUUAAUGGGUCCACAUUUAUUCGUUUAGCGGAUGCUUUUAACCAAAGUGAGACACAAAUAAGAUCAAGGCCUCUAGAUGGCGCCAUUUACAAUGCUUUUAAAUUAAACACUCAAAAAGAAAGAUAAACUAUAUUAUGAACAGAAUGCGCCAAGUAAAUAAAAAUAAAAAUAUAAAAGAUUGUGUCAAAUCAAAUGUGCAUUUCAGUUUCAAAGCACUAAUGUUAAAAUGCACAACUGAUUAUCUGCUCUCCCGUUCAUUUUUGGUGGCUGUUGUCAUAAGUAUUUUUUAUGUUAAUAAACAAUAACAAUUAUGGUUCUAUUUUGGAUCCCCAUGGAAUAAUUUUUCCUUUGAAAGCUGAUAUUCAAAAUAGUUUUCUAAAGAAGCAGAGCUCCCUUGUUGCAUCAUCACUCCACCCCACUCUCUCUUUCAUUUAAGUAAAGGGGAAGCAACCAGCAAAAGACGUUGUUAAGAGCUUUGAUAACACACUUAUCGGACAGACAGAAAGGACUCAAAAUGGUGGUCAACUCAACGCAGAUGGUCUUAUCAGGAAUCGAAAUCUUCAGUAUAUCCAUAUACUUUGUCGUCUUUGCUUUGGGUAUAGUUGGAAAUGGGCUCGUCAUAUAUGUGACUGGCUACAAAAUGAAGACGACCGUCAACUCCAUUUGGUUUCUCAACUUGGCGAUUGCAGACUUCAUCUUCAUCUUAAUCAUCAUCCUCUACAUUGUUAAUGCCUUUAACAAGGUUUGGCUCUUUGGUGACUUAAUGUGCAAGUUGGUCUCCUUCGUGGCUGUGCUAAACAUGUUUGCCAGCAUUUUUUUGCUCACGGCUAUCAGUCUGGAUCGAUGUCUGUCCACCUGGGUGAUUGUUUGGGCUCAAAACAAACGCACUCUGGUCAAAGCCAGGAUCAUCUGUUCACUCAUGUGGGUUUUAUCCAUUGGCUGCAGCAUCCCGUUUGUUUUGUGCCGCUCAGGAGAGAAUGAUCACUGUGUCUAUGAAUGCUCUUUAAACAUCGUAAGGUCUCUGUUCAUAUACAGGUUUAUAGUGGGCUUUCUCGUCCCCUUCCUGAUCAUUGCAUCUUCAUACAUUGCUAUCGGAGUGCGAGCCAAACGUCUCAAAAGAGGAAAGAAGCUCAAACCUUUCCGUGUUAUUAUAUCUGUGAUCCUGGCCUUUUUCAUAUGCUGGUUUCCUUUUCAUGUUCAACAGCUGUCUUACAUAGUUGCUUAUGUAAAUGAGCGGAGUGACAUUAGAGACAUAAUCGAUGAAAUAGUACCAUUUGUUAACUCCCUGGUACAUCUCAACAGCUGUCUAAACCCCAUUCUCUACGUGUUCAUGUGUGAGGAGUUUAAGAUGAAGCUCAAACAGUCUCUGCUGCUGGUGCUGGAGACAGCUUUUGCAGAAGAACAUUUGCCUUUCCGAACAUCUCGCCCUUCCUCGUGUUCACGCCUCUCAGAAUCACAGGGUCUCAAGCAGACGAAUGAAACGACCAUCUCAUCAUCCGGCAGCAGUCAGGACAACAAUACUACCGUUUAGAAAAUCAGUCUCAGAGAUAUUCAUUCCUUAUGUUGGAUUGAAGUGAUCAGAUAAAUCACAUUAACAAGCUCUCAACAUUUUUGCCUUGAUGCCUGUCAUCUCAUAACAGAGUUUCAAAGCCAAUUUGUGUUAAAGACAAUUUGAAGUUUGUUUUAAAUGUUGCAAUUUGUGUGCCAUCAGUUUCAUAAAAAAAAAAAAAAAAGACUUCAUUGCUGACUUUCACAUGCCCUCAUUUUCCAUUGGCUGGACAAACUGAUAGCCCCGCCUCAAACUCACACCGUUGGUCGGUUCAGUGUUGCUGUUUCUAGUUGGGUUGAAAAAUGUUUGCAUUGUUUAUGCUUUUUGUGAAAUGAUUUAUUUUAUACAUGUUUUUGUUUAUUAAAAUGGCUUUGUAGAAAUCUUUUAAGAUAGAAAAAUAUUUUCAGCAUAUAUUUUUCUGUUUGAUAUAUUAUUUUCGUUUACUUGUUUGACACAACCUUUUAGCUACAUUGUAAAACUGUCAAUUUAGUGCUAGUAUUCUGCCAUGUUUAAUUAAUCAACAAAAUAAGCUGUUUGAAACAUUAUGUAAUCUGUAGUCUUCCUUGUUUUUCUGUCUGACAUUUAUUAUGAGCAUAAAACACUGCAGUCACAACAUUCUAUCUAUCUAUCUAUCGAUCUAUCUAUCUACAUGUAUCUAUCUAUCUAUCUAUCUAUCUACAUUUCAGUGACUUAUACUAUGCAGUUAGAAACAUGGAAUUAGGUUCCUUGUGCAUGUUUACCAGCCCUGAGCCAUAAGCACUUUGUUACCAAGUCUGACAUGUGUUCAUGUAAUAAAAUCAACAAUGCAUUGAGCAAA